AUGGAGAAGCUACCGAGUGUAAAACUUGAAAAAAGGUCACAAAAAUCCAGCAAGAAAAACCCAGUUAAAGUUGUUUACAUCUCUAAUCCUAUGAAGAUCAAGGCUACCCCAUCUGAAUUCCGAGCAGUGGUGCAACAGUUUACCGGCAGAUACGCUAUCUCCCCACCACCAGGAGCACUUGCCGGAGUUCCGGAGAGAGACCACGAAGUAGGUUGCCCCGGUGCUCAACAGAAGUGGCAACUUAUAAAUCGUACGAGUAUUGAUGCACAGUUAACUGCUGCUGGAUCGGAUCUUUCUCAUGAAUCUGCUUGUCGAGAAGAUCAAGUCUCGGAUGAUUUGAUAAUUACGCCGCAGAUGCUUGAGAGUUUUCCCCCACUGUUUCCUCAUGACUUUGGAUCUUGA